AUGGCUUCCUCCAACUACAACCUUUCUUUUGGACUCGAGUAUGAACUGAAGCUCCGUGUCACGGCAAGUCAACUCCGACAGGAGCUCCAAAGUGAUCCUACUACCAAGAACAUUGAGGUCGUUACCGAUGCUGGUCAAGUUCGCCUCUCAAAGGUUGGAUCCCAGUAUCUUCAGAACGAUUACCUCAACUUCGCUUUCCGCGACAACGUCGACCAUCCACAGAGAACAACUUUGGUCAGUAAGGUUACUGGAGAGCAAUGCGAAUUCAGAGGUUACUCCACGGAGGCCCUGAAAAUCGUGCAAAAACGCCUCCAAGCCGUUUCUGGCUACGAAGCAACAGCUAUCUACCAGGGUCAAGGUAAGCAAGCAGACUUUUCAUCUGCCCCUCUUUAUCUGACCCAUGAUGCCAGUCUCAAUGGCCUCAACAGAGCUGCCAAGAUCGCCACAGGUCUAUGUACUGCAGACCAGGCCGAUUUCACCGACUUUAUUGGAACAGAGAUUGUGACUGCCCCUCGCAACUCACCCCAAGAAGCUUGUGACGAAGCCAACAAGGUCUCAACAGCCCUUCGUAGUGAUGGACUUGACUAUAUCAUCGACGAUGAAUGUGCCAUGCAUAUUCACGUCGGCAACCAGGACGGCACUCGCUUCAACAUCAAAACUCUACAACACCUCGCUUACCUUGUUCUGAUCUACGAGCAUGAAUUUGCUCGUAUGACAGUGCCUCGUAAGCGUGGAAGUGAUUUCGAGACCAGAUCAAACCGCCUCGAUUUCGCUACCGAGUGCCCGUCACCAGAACCACAACACGCAUACCUAUGCGACCAGCAGGGCAUCAACACUGACGGAUCUGUAGAAGUCGUCUGGAACUACCAGUCACUCUCAGAAAUCCGCAAAGCCCUGUUUGACGAUGUAGACUCAGCUGAAGACCCCUACAAAGCAUUUGUCAACCUCAUGGGCGACAAGGGUCACAUCGUCAACUUCUCUUACUGCGAUCGCGACAUUACCAAGUCCGAGCCAGCGGCCACUGUUGAAUUCAGACAACAUCAAGGCACUCUUAAUGGCCGCGACGUUCUUCAUUGGGCUCGUCAUUGUACAGCCCUCGUCGCUCUGGCCCAAAAAUAUACCGACAACAACACACAAUACCCCAUCACCAGCUGGAAUGACACCAUCGAUAUCGAACAACUGUGGAGGGAGAUGAAGCUUCCCGAAGCAACCAAGCACUUCUAUCGUAACCGCAUUGAAGAGUAUGAUGAGCGUUGGCCCGACGUGCACCAAACCCCUCUUUGCGAACCCGACAUGGUGUUCGACGAUGAUUUUUGCUUUUCCGACGAAGAGUCUGAGAACUCUUAA